AUGCAGUUCCUAUAUGAAUAUGGUAUUAAAUUAAAUGUUGGUGGAUUGUACUUUGACACAACAGUAACAAAUACUGGCAAUACGAAAGCGACUAUUCAUAGAAUUACCUAUGAUUUAGGUAAAUACAUUCUCGAGCUUGCUUGCAGGCACCAUGUUACAGAGCUUAGAAUAAGUCAUUUUCACAAACAUGUUACUCAUGAAGAAAAGCUUGAGGUCGUUGUUGAAAAUGUUUGCAAAGUUAAUGAUGUCAAGUGUGGACCAUAUCCUCGUUUAAAUGAACAAAGGUUAUUCAAGAUACAAGAUCUGACAUUGGAUGUCAAAGCACACUUUGUAAAAAUUAAAGUCUUAAAAAGACACCAAGAGACGGAAUGGACAGAAAAGUCACUUAUAGAAAAUCGAGGGUGCAUAUCAAUUUCUGAUAACGACUAUAUAUGCCCUUACCAUAGAUUUAGUUUUGGUAUUGGUUGGGUUCCUCCAAGAAGAUGCUGUCACCCAAUGCAUCAAUUAAGUGUUAGUAAGAAAUCAUUUACUGUAAGAAGUAUUUCAAUAAAUAUGUCAAAAAAUGUUUCAAAAUAUUACAACAAAAGUGUUCCAGUAGGUUCCGUAUUUUGUCACAACCACCUAAAGUCAGAGCGCAUUCUAAAUCAAACUAAAACAAGUACUGCCGCCCAACGAAGAGCUAGUUGAAGACACAACUGAUUUUGAUUUUGAGCCUGAAGAAAUUUUACUUUCUGGAGAAAAAGUUGAAGAUGCUACAUUUACUGGUAACAGCCUAUCAGAAGCACUCCACAUCAGCCCUUUUCAGUUUCAGAUAAAGAAAAAAAAGAUAUCUGAUCUCAGCAAUGGAACAAAAAAUAAUUUACGAAGAAAAUUUGAAAGAGCCAAGGUACAGCUCGAAAAAAGGUUCCCUGAAGCUGUUGCCCCAGAUCAGAGUGAAGACUUUAUCUCAAUUAUUUUAAAAAGAUCUUUGGAAGCUUCAGACAAUGAUGUAGUACCUGAUGAACUAAAAAAAUUGGUUGAAAUUUAUGAAGAAAGUGACUCUAUUGGAAAACAUAUUGUACUGUGUUUGAUUGAACAUGAAAAAUUUACUAAGAAGUUGCUAAUGAAAGUUUUCGGAUGCUCCAAAUACAAGAUAGACCAGGUACGAAAAAUAAGGAAUGCAAACAUAGGUAUAACUACUCCUGUCGAAAACUCUUUAUAUAAAAUUUAUAUAUAAAACUCUUUAUGGAAGGUGAAGUUUCAGGAAAAAAGUUUAGCCCAGAGCAGGUGCACCUUUUAAUAAAAAAAGAGCUCCAAGUCUCAGAAUACGUAACAACUCAAAUAAGAUCACUAUUUUCACGUUAGAGCAGGCUAAAAAAAGAUUGAGAGAACCAGUUAAUGUUGGUAGUACUAAUAUGGAUA